GAUGAAAGAGCAUUUUCCACCUGACUCCCAUUCACAAUGGCUACACUGGGCAUUUUCUUUUGGUUGGAGAAUGCAACCGUCUUCCUAUGAUGACUGCUCUGAAGCAAAUGUCAAUGAUACACAGAAAUAUGUUUUCACUUUUAACCCUUACGGUUCCACGGCAGCAAAACAUAGAAUUGACAACGAUGCCAUAGGCAUCUCUGGUUAUACUGCCAAUCAAAUUACCGAGUUGUAUACAGUUUACCUUAAAAAACGUAAUAUUACUACAAAGACAGAAAUUAUCUCAAGAACGUUUGAUGCCGUGUGGGCGAGUUUAAUGGCCUUAGAGAACACUAAAAAAUUAUUGCCACCUGGUGUUGAACUAACAGACUUUGAUUAUAAGAAUUCCAAGAUAACGCAGGUUUUGCAAGAUAGUUUAAGGAGUUUAGACUUUUAUGGAAUGUCUGGAAGAGUUUCCUUCCAGAAGUCUGGUAAUCGAUUGUCUGAAAUAGCUAUUUUCCAAAGACAAGGUAUAGAAGAUGUAGAGGUUGGAGUUUAUAAUUCAUUUGACAAUGAAUUGGAAUGGUUCAAGUCUCCUAUAUUUUUAGGUGAAGACACUCAUAAUUCGUUAUCUUACAAAAUAAAUCAUAUUUAUACAAUUGAUUCUAUCAAACAAAGAAAAUAUAUUCACAAGCUACUAAGGAUGUAUUAA